CUCUUUUGACUGUUGCGAUAACACCACAGUGGAUUUUAGGCAAUUUCUUAAUUUUAUUAAAGUGAGUUUAAUUCAUUUUAAUUUUAGUGAUAGUGGUGCUUUAGGUUAGGCUAUUGAUUGUGCUGGGUUGGUAGACUAUAUCUUGUAAAUUGUUAAAAACUGUUUAUGUAGGAUACAAAAAUAGGUAUUAACAAAACGAGGCUACAACGUUAAUUGGGCUGGUGAGUGACAUGUGAUGCAAUCUUGUGUGUUGGGAUGAGGGAGACACACAAUUUGCACCCUCAUUAUGCGCGUGACCCGGCCAUCCUCGGCUUAUGUGAGAUGAGAGUUGUAAAGGGAUACAUGUGAAGGUACACAGUGAGCAGUAACUUAUUUAUGACUUUAAAACAUUUAUUUUUAAAAUCCUCUUUUCAUAUGAAGCGCACCAUGUAUGGUAAUGAACAAUCGCUUAAUUUAUAAACUGAACUUGAAUCGACCAGUCCCACAUUCAGCUGACAACUGAGAUUCAGGCUUUGAGUCGGGUUAGUGGGCUGAAAAUAACAUCAAAGAGAAGCAAUCGAUGUUUCAAAGUAGAAUACAACAGAGAAGGGGUUGAGGAGGAGCAGCGUAAGCACUAAGAAGAAGAAGGAAGGGGUCUCUUCUGGAGGAGCUGAUAGCCUCACCAAUGUUCUCUGUGGACCACCAGGACAUCUCAAGCUGCAGCACGCCUAGCAAGCCUCCCACCAAGUAUGGGGAGCUCAUUCUGUUAGGGUACAAUGGCUCCCUUCCAAACGGUGACCGAGGUCGAAGAAAGAGUCGCUUCUCUCUCUUUAAGAGACCCAGAGCUAAUGGCGUGAAGCCCAGCACAGUUCACGCUGUCUGUUCCCCACAGGCUGCCAAGGCCAUCAGCAAUAAAGACCAGCACAGCAUCUCCUACACUCUGUCACGCGCUCAGACUGUGGUGGUGGAGUACACUCAUGACAACACCACGGACAUGUUCCAGAUUGGCCGCUCGACUGAGAGCCCCAUUGACUUCGUGGUGACGGACACGGUGCCGGGGAGACUCAGCCCUGGCUACAGUGACAGUGCAACACUGUCGUCCCAGAGCACCAUAUCACGCUUCGCGUGCCGGAUCAUGUGCCAACGCCACCCGCCAUACACAGCUCGCAUCUACGCCGCCGGCUUCGACUCCUCCAAGAACAUCUUCCUCGGGGAGAAGGCUGCAAAGUGGAAGACGCCCGAUGGCCUGAUGGACGGCCUGACCACCAACGGUGUUCUUGUGAUGCACCCCCAUCAUGGCUUCACUCCAGACUCCACGCCCAGCGACUGGAGAGAGAUCUCCGUCUGUGGGAACGUCUUCAGCCUCCGAGAGACACGCUCCGCACAGCAGCGCGGCAAGAUGGUGGAGAAGGAGAGCCACGAGCUGCUCGACGGGUCGCUGAUUGACCUGUGUGGCGCCACCCUGCUCUGGCGCACCGCCGAGGGUCUGGCCCAGACGCCCAGCGUCACACACCUGGAGGUGCUGAGGCAGGAGCUGAACGCAGCCAGGCCCCAGUGCCCCGUGGGCCUCAACACACUGGCCUUCCCCAGCCGGAGCAGCAGCAGGGGAGUCCUGGACGCCAAGCAGCCCUGGGUCUAUCUGCGCUGCGGACACGUCCAUGGCUACCAUGGCUGGGCAGGGCGGGCUCAGCAGUCUCAGGAGGAAGAGGAGGAGGAAGAGGAGGAGAUGCAGGGGCAGAAUGAACAGGACCUGGGCUCCAGGGAGCGUGAGUGUCCCAUGUGUCGCACGCGGGGGCCUUACGUGCCCCUCUGGCUGGGCUGUGAGUCGGCCUUCUACCUGGACGCAGCCCCCCCGACCCACGCCUUUGUGCCCUGCGGCCACGUGUGCUCCGAGAAGACAGCAGCGUUCUGGAGUCAGAUCCCACUGCCACACGGGACACACACCUUCCACGCCACCUGCCCCUUCUGUGUGCGGCCGCUGCAGCGGGACAGGCCAUACAUCAGGCUCAUCUUUCAGGGACCGCUGGACUAAAGGGAGGG